AUGAAAAGCACGACCAUUAAGAAGGUAGUUACGGCAUACAGCCGGAUGGCCGAGCCGCGGAGGACGCAGGAGUACCUGGCGGACCCGCUAAAAAUCGUGGCGGUGCCGGUGACGACACAGCGGUGCUUCUUCUACUUCAAACACACGGAUGACUACCUUGACCGCGGCAGCAGGCUUGUGCGGGCCGAGCAGCGGGUGACGCGCAAGGUCGCGCGGACGUGGGCGAAGAUGGAGAGCUCGCGGAACGUGGUGACGGUGCGCGUGGUGGGGUGGGUGAACGUGCUGUUGGCGCAGGUGCCGUGGAGGGAGCGGUCGUUGGCGAGCUUUCCGUCCGAGUCGUACAUCCUGAAGCGCGUGCACCUGCAGGGCAAGGAGGAGACCGAGAAGCGGCUGACGCUGCGCGAGGCGCAGGCGUGCGAGGCCGGGGUCGCGGCGGCGCCGAUCGUUGUGUACUUUCCGCGCAGCGUGAUAUCCGAGAGCGUGCUCAACGACGAGUUGGUGCGCCUGUUGCGCGAGGGCAAGCAGACGCACAUGCGGUACCUGAUAUACUGCCUUCUCGCGUUGCCAUUGACAAUACCCAUUGCCUUGGUCCCGCUGGUGCCCAAUAUACCCGGCUUCUAUUUGGCAUACCGCGCGUACUGCAACUUCAAGGCCUACAGCGGCGCGCGGCACCUCGAGUCCAUGAUGCAGGGCGACAUGCAGCCGCUCCGCUUCGCAGACCUCCAGGAGUACUCCGCCUUGAUGGCCGACAAUGUGGCGCCCGCCACGCCCGGCGAGUCUGAGCGCAUGUUGCUUGACCAGGCAUUGCUCCCGCGCAUACUAGAUAACUUACAGAUACACGAACUACGCCGACACAUCGAGACGGCAAUGCGCCAGGAGGCCAUGCGUCUCGAGGAGCAGGCGCAGCACAAGGCCGAGUAG